CUCCGAAACACCGAACACCGGAAACAACGAUCAGAUUCUUUGUAGGGAGCAAAGACCAUAGCUGCUGAACUUUGGCUCGCAUAUCAUCCGGGCUGCUGCGGAUUCUCCGUGAACAAAGGUAUUUUAAAAUUCUAAAACGAAAGCCCUUUUUACUAGAAUGGUGACGAUGUUCUCCACGGUUCGGCCAUGGAAAUGUUCGAUCGAGUCGAAGCAAGGUUUGGCCAAAGGAAAGAUCCGCGCCUGGUCGACGUGAAUGGAAUUAUCUAUACGAGCACUCCCUGAGGGCGAUUACAGUUACGCGCUCCCCCCAGAUGUGUUACGUGAUCCGCAAUUCGGCAAAGUGGGGCGGCCUUCAAAACAGGAUUAUGGCCUCGUCAAGGAGGAGCAGUCAGGAAACAAUGCCGAGGUUCUCAACUUCCGGCCCGCAUUGGCUGCGCCUCCGCAGCUUGUACAUCCCGUGUUUGGAACCUUUCUGGACAGUUGCGCUGCGGAGGCAGUGGAAGGAGUACCUUGGGCUGCAUUUGGAAGAUGAGUCGUGCACAGGGAAGAGAACAAGCAUAGACUUGGGUAUUCGGGAAGAGCGAGGCUCUUCUGGUACUCACAAAACUGGAGCGGGGCAUGUCACUGGCGAAGACGGAGCCCCAGUCACACGCAUUACUCAAUUACAAGCUCUACUAUAGCACUUGCCGGGAGGAGAGCCUGAUACAUGCUUCCCGGUACUCAUCCUCGAGCGUGUUGGACAGCUGCUUCAGGUUGGUGCUGCUGAGGCCACCAGCCUCUGGCUUGCUCCUUCCCGCAGCGAUUCAUAGUCAUGAUCAGGGUGCACGGUGCGGUUGUUUGUGCGGCGGUGAAGCAGGCGGCUCUCGGGCUGCGGGAGUAUUACCAACAAUCUGGCGCUUUAUGAAUUCUGGGACGACAGUGGAACAAAUGCAUCCAGAUAAGCGAGUCUAUCUUGUCAAGCAAUGCGAAGACUGCAGUGUUCAGCUGUACGGGUAUGCAGUCCACAAAGCGUGGGUCGACGCACCCCCGAUAUAUGGUGAACCUCGAGAGGUGCCGCGUGGCUGGCUAGCGGUGGUAAUGGGAUGCUGAGGAAUGCUGGCAGCUUCUUUACUGCCACAGCGAUGCGGAAAAUCUCCGGGGCAAGGUGGUGGAGUGUCUAAAGGCUGCUCACCAGGUGAAAGUUGGCGAGACAAGCAGCGGGGAGGCUACGUGCGGCGUGCAUGGCUGGGCUAUGGAGGAAGGAUUGCCAAGGGCACUGUAUCCAGCGUUUAUGAAACAACGAGAUCAACUGGGCAGACGGAGUUGGAGCCAACAGGCCACCUCUUGUGAUGCAGGCAAGGCGAUUCUUCCAUUCUUUCCAUAAGUCUCGAUGAGCUUGUUGGAGUCCAAGGUAUCGAUGGCCGUACGGGAAGGUCCAUGACAGUCCUCGUACGGAGCCGACCUUUGCGCGUAGAUGAGUAUUUUAUAUUAGCACGACAUGCAAACGAAUAGAUGCGAAUAUGUGCCGCCUGUUGACUCAUAUAAAGUUCCAUCGCAGGCGCGCUGCGAAGGCCCGCGAGCGUGGAUGGCGAUCAAUGCUCUCGCCUCAGGUAUGGCACAUUCUCUAGCGCCGAUCAGUGCGGCAUUGCAGCCAGCGAUUCUUGAGCCAUGCUUUGCAGGGCUGCCGCUGCCGCUUCUCACGAUCAUCCUCCAGCUCCAGCUCCAAUGCGGCUCUUCGGGAAUCACAAGCUCUUACCGGCGGAGGCUCCAAGCCUCGGAGGAUUUGCCCGUCGGCAGCGAAUUUCUGCGACCUCCUAAUCUAGCAGGCUGUGGAAAUGCGCCAGAACAGGUCCACAUAACGCAAGGGAGUGUUACUGCGGAUUCCACGAUCGUUUCCUGGGUUACUCCGUCGCAACCUGGAUCGUUGGCUGUAAGUUUUGGAAACGAGACCGCAAAGUACUCAAGGACGGCGACUGGAAACAUCACAAGGUAUAAGUACGCGAACUACACAUCUGGCUACAUCCACCAUGUGAAGCUCACUAAUCUCGAGUAUGCUACGAAGUAUUACUACAGGCUCGGCGAUGGAGAAUGCGCUCGAGAAUUCUGGUUCGUCACUCCACCGAAAUCUGGCCCCGACGUUGCGUACACAUUUGGCGUCAUAGGAGAUCUCGGACAGACGUAUGACUCCCUCAACACCUUUCAGCACUACUUAAACAGCAGCGGACAGACUCUUCUUUACGUCGGAGACCUCUCAUACGCCGAUCAUUAUCCCUUGGACGACAAUAAUCGUUGGGACACUUGGGGUCGAUUGGUGGAGCCGAGCACCGCGUAUCAACCUUGGAUCUGGACGGCGGGAAACCACGAGCUAGACUACCGUCCAGCAAUCAGCGAGGUGAUACCAUUCAAGCCGUAUCUUCAUCGCUAUCAAACACCCCAUCGUUCAUCAAAGAGUACAUCGCAGCUCUGGUAUUCGAUCAACAGGGCGUCAGCGCACAUCAUCGUGCUGUCUUCAUACUCCGCAUAUGGGAAAUAUACCCCGCAGUGGGCAUGGCUGCAGAAUGACCUCCAGAAUAUAAACAGGAAGAAAACCCCGUGGGUGAUUGUUUUGAUGCAUUCCCCGUGGUACAACAGUAACACCCAUCACUACAUGGAGGGCGAAACGAUGCGUGUGCAAUUCGAAGCAUGGUUCGUGCAAUACAGAGUCGACAUUGUGUUUGCCGGGCACGUUCAUGCAUACGAACGGAGUCACCGCGUCUCUAAUAUCGAGUACAACGUUGUCAACGGCCAAUGCUCUCCAUCCCGCAACGAGUCUGCGCCUGUCUACAUAACAGUCGGCGAUGGAGGAAACAUAGAAGGGCUCGCUGGAAACUUCACGCAACCGCAGCCAAACUACUCGGCAUAUCGCGAGGCGAGUUUUGGUCACGCAAUGCUCGAGAUCAAAAACAGGACGCAUGCGUUCUACUAUUGGCACCGUAACCAGGACGGAGAGGCUGUAAGAAGCGAUUCGACUUGGCUCACAAACAGGUACUUUGAAUCUUGAAGCUUCAUCCAAAGAAAACCUGCAUUGUUGCAUGCAAGUGUAAAGCCUGGAUAGUAGGACAAAAAUUAGAGAAACAAAUGUUCAGUUUCGCCCACGUGUGAUUACAGGCAUAAUCAUGUGAAAGAAGAGCGGUCUUUGCCAAGAAGAAGGCUGCCACUUUGAAGAAA